AUGGCGAUGGAGUACUUGGUGAAAGUUGGAGAAGCAGAGGAUAGCAGCAGCAGCAGGGGAGAAGGAAAGCCAAGUGCAGGGCCUGUUUACAGGAGCAUUUACGCCAAAGAUGGCCUCUUGGAAGUUCCUUCCCACCUCCAUUCCCCCUGGCAAUUCUUCAGUGAUUCAGCGGCUAAGUACGCCAACAAUCCCAUGUUGGGUCGCCGGAAAAUCAUAGAUUCAAAGGCUGGAUCAUAUGCAUGGCUCACUUACAACCAAGUUUAUGAUUCAGCUUUGAGAAUUGGUUCUGCAAUGAGAAGCCUUGGUGUCAACCCUGGUGAUCGUUGUGGUAUCUAUGGUUCCAACUCCCCUCAAUGGAUAACUGCAAUGGAGGCUUGUAACAGCCAGGCUGUGACUUAUGUCCCUCUCUAUGACACCCUUGGUGCCAAUGCUGUGGAGUUCAUCAUUAACCAUGCUGAAGUCUCCAUGGCCUUUGUUCAAGAGAACAAACUCCCUGCUGUUCUGUCCUGCCUCUCAAACUGUUGUUCAAACCUGAAAACAAUCAUCAGCUUUGGGGACAUUUCUGCCCUGCAGAAGAAGGAAGCCGAGGAGCUAGGGAUGUCUUGUUACUCGUGGGAAGAGUUCUCUCAGCUGGGAAAUUUGGAUUCCGAGCUACCUCCGAAACAGAAGACUGACAUCUGCACCAUAAUGUACACAAGCGGUACUACUGGAGAACCUAAAGGAGUUAUCAUCACAAAUGGAGCUCUCAUGGCUGAAGUUCUGUCUGUUGACCAUUUGCUCUCCCAGACUGACAGAGUGCUUGAUGAAGAAGAUACAUACUUCUCUUUCUUACCUUUGGCUCACAUCUAUGACCAAGUGAUCGCGAACUACUGUAUCCACAAAGGUGCCUCCAUUGGAUUCUGGCAAGGGGAUGUCAGAUUCUUGAUGGAGGAUCUUCAGGAGUUGAAGCCAACCAUGCUUUGUGGGGUUCCUAGAGUGUACGACCGCAUUUACAGCGGUACAAUGAGCAGGGUCUCAUCAUCAGGGGUAUUACGGAAGAAGCUCUUCGAUUUUGCUUAUUCCUACAAGCUGGGAAACCUUGAGAAGGGAAUUGCACAAGCCAAAGCUGCACCAUUCUUUGACAAGCUCGUCUUUGAAAAGACUAAGCUAGCAUUUGGAGGCCGAGUCCGGAUUCUCUUAUCUGGAGCUGCACCUUUGCCUCGCCAUGUCGAGGACUUCCUAAGGGUCAUAUCCUGCUCUACAUUAUCACAAGGCUACGGUCUUACUGAAAGCUGUGGUGGAUGCUUCACCUCGAUCGGUGACAUAUACCCAAUGGUGGGAACCGUCGGUGUUCCUAUGACAACCAUCGAGGCCCGGCUUGAAUCAGUCCCUGAGAUGGGCUACGAUGCCCUCGCCAGUGUGCCACGUGGCGAGAUCUGCCUCAGAGGCAACAGCUUGUUUUCUGGAUAUCACAAGCGCGAAGAUCUCACGAGAGAAGUCCUCGUGGACGGCUGGUUCCACACGGGUGACAUUGGAGAGUUACAGCCCAAUGGAGCCAUGAAGAUCAUUGACCGGAAGAAGAACAUCUUCAAGCUGUCACAGGGAGAGUAUGUCGCCGUGGAGAAUCUAGAGAACACUUACUCUCGAUGCCCUCUCGUUGCUUCGAUUUGGGUGUAUGGAAACAGUUUCGAGUCGUUUCUAGUUGCAGUUGUCGUGCCAGACAAGCAAGCAAUCGAGGAGUGGGCGAAGCAGCACAAUGUUACGGGCGAUUAUCAAGCCUUGUGCGAGAAUCAGAAGGCCAGGAACUAUGUCUUGGAUGAGCUGAACAGCACUGGAAAGAAAUACCAGCUGAAAGGGUUUGAGAUGUUGAAAGGAGUUCACCUGGAGCCAGUUCCAUUUGGGAUAGAGAGAGAUCUGGUGACUCCAACGUUUAAGCUCAAGAGGCCUCAGCUGCUGAAAUACUACAAAGAACGCAUUGAUCAACUUUACAGCGAAGCAAAGGAGUCCAAGGCUUGA